AUGUCCAGUUCGAGCAAGAAAUCGGCUGCCAAAGUUAAUUUAUUGGGUAAGAGAAAGCAACAAGAUGAUUUGGCGACCAAAACGAUUGUGCAGAAACAUAAGGAAACAUCCGAGGAGAAGGCAGUUAACGUAACAAAAAGAAUGCUCUUUGUUUCCGGUCUCUCUCGCCAAACUAAAGCAUCAGAUAUCAUUGAUUUCUUCAAUGAUGGUGGAGAAGUUGUUCUUGUUCGACUUAUUUUAAACCAGGAGGGUAGGCAUGUUGGAUAUGGCUAUGUUGAGUUUGCUUCUCCUAACGCAGCAAAAGAGGCUUUGGAAGCAAAGAACGGUAAAUAUAUGCACGGUGGUCAGGUUUUUCUUGAAGUGCCUAACACAGCUCCAUACCCUCCACCGAGGUACAAAGACCACCAUGUCCGAGAAAGUCUUCCUAGAGAAGAAGAUGAGGCACCUCCCGAUUCUGUUUUGCUGUUAAAUUCAGGCAGUUUCCCUAUCAAAAAAACGCUCUUUGUUUCUGGUCUCUCUUCCCCAACUAAAAUCUCAGAUAUCAUUGAUUUUUUCAAUGAUGUUGGAGAAGUUGUUCAUGUUCGACUUAUAAUAAACCAGGAUAGUCGGCAUGCGGGCUAUGGCUAUGUUGAGUUUGCUUCCCCCAACGCAGCAAAGGAGGCGCUCGAAACAAAGAUAGGCGAAUAUUUGCACGGUGGGAAGAUUUUUCUUGAAGUGGCUAAGACAACUCCAUACCCCUCACCUAAGUAA